AUGAAGGACACUGAUUCUGAGGAGGAGCUCAAGGAAGCCUUCCGGGUGUUUGAUAAGGACCAGAAUGGCUUCAUUUCUGCUGCUGAGCUUCGUCAUGUUAUGACAAAUCUUGGUGAGAAGCUGACAGAUGAGGAAGUGGAUGAGAUGAUUCGUGAGGCUGAUGUGGAUGGUGAUGGGCAGAUCAACUACGAGGAGUUCGUCAAAAAGUUGCUGGAGGAUGACGUUUGUAUUCGUAACACGACGCCUUUUAAAGCCAUAGUCUUGCCUUUGCACGCGGCUUAUAGACAAAUCUUGAUGAUUUGA